AUGAAUGUAUCAGGUUCAAGAAUCAAGCUGUGCAGAAUGUUUUUGAAUAUCUAUAAGCUGUUUGAAAUCAACAGACAGAAGAAUAACAAUCACAUACUUGCAAAAUUAUUCUUGACAAAGCAAGAGCUCAUAUGGAAUGAGAUACUCAGAAGAAGAGGAAGCCUGCUGCUGCUGAUAUUAUCAAUAAGUAUGAGAAUGGGACUUGUUGACAUUAAGAAUAUUGACUUGAAGUGUAUCCAUAAUCUUAUAAAUGAGAUGUCUGAUGUUGAUGGAGAUAAUGAGAACAACAGAGACAAUAGAGCUGACAGAGAUAAUAGAGAUAACAGAGAUGAUGAAGAUAAUAAAGAUGAUGGAAAGAGUAGUUCUCAUGUUCUUGAGAAUACAGAGUUCAUACAGCAUGAAAUAGUCAGGCUGUACAGCAAGAUUAAUAGUAUUGAAGAUAAAGUUAAGAGCAGCAUAUUCAUUGUCACCUCUGGUAUUAGCAGCAGCAGCAUGAAAUGGAACAUUAAUGCAUUUGCAGAUGCAGCAAAGGUGCUCAUUAUAUUAGAAGUUGCCUGGGACCAUGACAGAGAAAAAUACUUACCAGAGUGA